UCCAGCUUUGCAGUCUGCUUCAAGGACACACUGGGUCUUCUGUAUCUGUAAAAUCUAGGAACCACCAGCGAGAGAAACCGGCAACAUCUGUGUUUCGGGCUGAUUGGAUUCACUCGCUGCUGUUCCUCCAGCUGCGCCCGUUGUCCUGGAAACUUAACCUUCCCCCUGAAUCUUCGUGUGGGUUCCCUCAGGACGCUGUCGCUGUGGCCCAACAGUCUCAGCAAGUGUCAGAAAGCAGUUGACAGGCCGAGGAAAUGGUUAGGUGUUCCAAGGUCGGGAUCUGCAGGCCGGGCAGGCUAUCUUGAGUCCGCGUCAGUAAGGACUCAAUGAGACUCACCAAGUUUCCUCCUUCCUUCCUGUUGGGAAGCUGAAUAAUACUCUAACCUCUGAAUGCACCAUGGUUUACUUACUUUUCUGCUUGCGAGGACAUCUUGGCUGCUCCCAGUUUGUGCAAAGCAGGGUUCUGAAAAGUCUCUCCUGAUCUGGGUUUCAAGUCUCUCCUGAUUCCAAGUCUUGUAAGGAGCUAAAGAGAGUCACAUGGCCAUCAGGGCAGAUUACAGGCCAGACCCUUCCCUGACACCAUGGUCUCAAACUGGAUUCCCUGCUGAUGGCCAACCGCUUGCCCACCCCAUUCCGACCUCUUCACUCGGUCUCUUACACAACCAGAGGGUCUGGGGAGCUCCUGUUGUCCUCGGAGCAUUUGCUUCAAGUACUCUCCAUCACCAACCACGUUCCAGUACCACAGUGAGCAGGAAGCACGUGGCCACCCUUCGCCAGCCGCACAGUGGGACAGCUGAGGGGCAGCGGAGGUGCUUCGCUUGUGGAGGGUCUUGAGAGUUCCCAGCCUCACCCACUUCCAGCUGUCUCUCCUCCACCAUCUCCUCCUCCACCACCACCCCACCUCCACACCACCACCAGCACCUGCUGCCUUGCCUUGCUUCUUGCUUGUGGUUGAGGAUGCGACCUCUCAGCUCCCUGCUCCAGCUACCUGCUGCUGUACCUCACCUGCCUUCAGGGAAUCACAAGCCCAGAGAAACUCUCUCUCAUGAGUUGCUUCUGGCCGUGGUGCUGAAUCCCAGCAACAGAGAGCCGACUGCUGCAGAAGCCGGCAGAGUGAGCAGAGGUUUGUGCUUUCUUUCCUCUGCGUCUUGGUCGUGCACGGAAUCACGGAAUCACGGGCUGAGAUGGCGUCAGAAGCUAAGUGUUGAGAUCUAUGCAAGUUAUAAGGUACUGAGCAUGCCUGCAGGGACUUCGCCACCCACCCUGGCGUACAUAAUGUGUUUGCAGUCAUAUGUGGGACAGUUAUAUCCAGUUAGAGGUGGGAUUGUGACCUGGUUCUUGCUUCACUUGGGAAUUAAGCAUGGCAUAAGGAGACGUGAUUGUGUGCCAGGUUCACAAGGGUUGGACUUGAGAUGACUAACUUGGGUUGUGACUAAAACCCAACCUGCCUGACCCUCCGGUGAGGGUUUUUCUUGAUCAUAUUAUUUGAGAUGGAAAGACCCACUCUAAAUCUGGACCACACCUUCUGAUGGUACCCCAGUAAAAAGACACAGAAGAAGAAAAAUUUGCUUUUUGCCUGCUUGCUUUCACUCUUGUUGGCGAGCCCAUCUACCCUAUUGUUUUGACAUUUCACCACCAAUAUUAGAUCCCAACUUCUUUGGGAUUCCAGUGUAGGCUGAGGACCAGAGGCUGUCCAGCAAUUCUCCAAUCCCUGGGUGCCAGAACAGUGCUGCUGAGACAUCCAGCCUUGUGGACUGAACAAGUACCAUAAUGUCAGCUUCUCCAGCAUGAGAUAGCCAUCACUGGACUACUGGAACCACAUCCUGUAAACCUACCUACUGAAACCCUUUUACUAAACAUAUUCAUUCUGUCAGUUUUGUUCCUCCAGAGAACCCACCAACUCCUCCCAGCAGAGCCCACAUGCUGUCCUGGGCCUGUUCCUUCAUCCAGGAGACUGUUGGUGAGGACGCUGGUGACUCUUGACCAUGGACCUCCCUGUCCCUGUGACAAUGAGGCCUCCAAUACAGCCUGCCCUGGCCACGCCUGCAACAGGUGCAGAACAGGAUGAAACAGGAGUCAUCCAGGCUGGCAGCUGGCAGCUGGCUUCGGAGAGCUGGCACCACACACUCCCAAGUGCCAUGCAGAGGGCUAGAGGCUUCCUGGAGCCUGCAUUUUUUUUUUUUUAACAAACGCCUUUGAUUUGGAACUUUUAACAAGCCACAGGCAGGCAGUGCUGCCUCUCCUGGGCCUCAGAUCCUCUGAUCAGCUGAAGAAGAGAGAAGUGUCCCAGGUGCAGGCUAAGUUUUUAUUGCUCUGCAGGGCUUGGGGAGUCCGGUUCCUCCCUGCUCAGGAAGCUGCUGCAGCCUGCGCACACUGGGACUGUGAUCUGCAGGAAGGAGACUUGUCACUGUCCCCUAUCCCGUCUCUGGAAGCCUCUCGAAUUUGCCUCCUGCGAGUCAAGGUCGAGACCAGCUCAUGGAAUGUGAGUGUCUCUAGUUCUAGCUGCCUCUGUGGCUUGGAGAAGUGGCUGUCAGCGCUGUGGGAGCUGGUAGACCGCAGUGGGAGGCCUUGAAGGAACUCUGGGAAUCCAGAAGCCCUUCUAUUUCUUGGCCACCGUAUGGUGCACGGCUUUCUCCACCACACUCUCCUUCCAUGGCUUGCUGCUCUGCCACACAGAAGCAACGGGGCCAAGCAACAUGGGCGUGAAACCCCUGCCUUUCCUAUGAAUUCAUCUACCUCAGGUACGCAUGAAGACCAGAAGAGGGCAUGGAUCCUGGAGCUAGCUACAGGCACUAUCAAAUGGACACCCCAGGAAGCCUUCAACCACACCCAGCCCAGCUCCCCCCUGCCUGACUCCAUGGUGGAGAGGAAUGGCAGCAUUUCCACCAGGAUCCUGAGGACGCUGGAUGCAACCAGCGCUGCCUGGUACAUCCUCACCAUCAUCGGCAUCUAUGGGCUGCUCUUCAUCUUCCAGCUGGCCAGCAACAUUCUCAGGAGGAAUGAGAGGUCCUUGGAGGACAUUUACUACUCAAACUUAACUUCUGAACUCAAAAGGAAAGGGCUUCAGAGCAGGGUGGUCGAGUGCUCCCCGCUGACCCUCAGCAAUGCAGCUGCCCUGGAACCAAAGCUAGCUCUUAUGCUAGCCUCUUCCUUCUUGCGAACAAUGUCCCUCCUGCUUUCAUGUCACACAUUCUGUCACCUUCCCUUGUGCCUCUCCCUUUAUACCUCUGUAUUUCCUCUGUCUUCUCUCAAACAUCACACCCACACACCUGCACACGUAUAUAAUUCAAUCUGUAUCUAUACAGAUAGUCUCAAUAUCUAUGUAUAUGUACAGACAUAUCCGUGGUGUAUUUGUAUCUACACACACACACACACACCGUGAAACAAACACGGUGAUGGUGUUUGUUUCAAUAACAUGGACAUAGGAAUUGAGUAAUAGAUGACAGAUAAAGGGGUGCUAGUUUUUAGACUCUAUUUGGUUUCACAAGCCUCUGCCUCCCUUCCACACCUCCAACCUAGGUAGAGAGAGAAGGCUAGAAAGCAAAGGGGAUGUAGAGCUAUUUAGACUUGGUUCCAGCUGGUUAGGGUCAUCCAGUUCUUUGGGGAAAAAACCCUUAUCUCAAUGGUCAGCAUGUCUAGCAGUGCAGAAACAGCAAAGGCAUCGGGGCAGACAAGCAGCCUUCUUCCUCCUCCAUCUGUCUCCAUGAAGCCCUCUCUCUUGGCUCCUGUAUUUAUGCCCUCUCAGAGUCCUCAGAAUUCCACUAUCUGCAGCUGGCAAAGACCACACCCCUCUCCAAGUCCCAUGAGGCUGUU